ACCGUACCGCAUGCGCAGAAGAGGCAGCCCCGCCUUCAGCCCUCACUCCGUCCCUCCCUAUCCCGACUCCUCUCCCAUCCUUCUCGCGUUCCCCUCCCGUGCCACCCGCCGCCGCGCCGCUCUCCCCCCUCCCCCGCCGCUUCUUCCUGUCUGUGCCAUGGAUGGCGUGGAUCUGACGAGCUUCUUUCUUCUGGUAUCACUAACGGGCCUUUUACCAUGAGCAAUUCUACUCCAGCUACAGCUAAUGGGAAUGACAACAAGAAAUUUAAAGGAGACAGAUCUCCCUGCUCCCCUUCUCGUGUCCUUCAUCUUCGUAAAAUUCCAAAUGAUGUCACUGAAGCAGAGGUCAUUUCAUUAGGUCUCCCUUUUGGCAAAGUAACCAAUCUCUUGAUGUUAAAAGGAAAAAGCCAGGCUUUCUUGGAAAUGGCUUCCGAAGAAGCUGCUGUUACUAUGGUGAACUAUUACACUCCUGUUACACCUCACCUCCGCAGUCAGCCUGUUUAUAUUCAGUAUUCCAAUCACAGAGAACUGAAAACUGACAAUCUGCCUAAUCAGGCUAGAACCCAAGCUGCGUUGCAAGCAGUGAAUGCUGUGCAGUCUGGAACCCUAGCCCUUACAGGUGCUCCUGCUACUGAGGGUGGACUCCUUCCAGGUCAAAGUUCUGUUCUCCGAAUUAUUGUUGAAAACCUUUUCUACCCUGUCACUUUGGAAGUGCUGUAUCAGAUUUUCUCCAAGUUUGGAACUGUCUUGAAGAUUAUCACCUUCACAAAGAACAAUCAGUUUCAGGCCUUGCUUCAGUAUGCUGAUCCAAUGAAUGCACAUUAUGCCAAAAUGGCUUUGGAUGGCCAGAAUAUCUACAAUGCGUGCUGCACUCUACGUAUUGACUUCUCCAAGUUAACAAGCCUUAAUGUAAAAUACAACAAUGACAAAAGCAGAGACUUCACUCGCCUUGACCUUCCUUCUGGCGAUGGCCAGCCCUCCCUUGACCCCAACAUGGCUGCCACUUUUGGCACCCCAGGAAUAAUUUCUUCACCAUAUGCCGGGGCUGCUGGAUUUGCCCCAGCCAUUGGCUUUCAUCAAACUGCAGGUCUUUCGGUCCCAUCUCUUCCCGGAGCACUUGGUCCUCUCGCAAUCACCACUUCUGCAGUGACUGGACGGAUGGCUAUUCCUGGAGUUGCUGGUGUUCCAGGAAAUUCUGUUUUGCUUGUCAGCAACCUCAAUCCUGAUGCUAUCACACCUCAUGGGCUCUUUAUCCUAUUUGGUGUCUAUGGUGAUGUACAUCGAGUAAAGAUCAUGUUUAACAAAAAAGAAAAUGCUUUGGUUCAGAUGGCGGAUGCAACCCAGGCUCAACUAGCCAUGAGCCACUUAAAUGGGCAGAGACUUUAUGGAAAGGUGCUCCGUGCAACUCUUUCAAAGCAUCAAACUGUUCAGCUUCCUCGUGAGGGACAAGAGGACCAAGGUCUGACUAAGGACUAUAGCAAUAGCCCGCUACAUCGCUUUAAGAAGCCCGGAUCUAAAAACUUCCUAAAUAUCUUCCCUCCAUCUGCUACUCUGCAUCUUUCCAACAUUCCACCUUCAGUUACUGUUGAUGACCUGAAGAACCUUUUUGCAGAUACUGGAUGUACUGUGAAAGCCUUCAAAUUCUUCCAGAAAGAUCGGAAAAUGGCUCUCAUCCAGUUGGGCACUGUGGAAGAAGCAAUCCAGGCUCUCAUUGAGCUUCAUAAUCAUGACCUUGGGGAAAACCAUCACCUCAGAGUUUCUUUCUCCAAAUCUACAAUCUGACUUUUCUCUGAACUUUCCUAUUAAGACUGCACCACAGUUUCAGUAAAACCUUCAGACAGAGACUGAAACAGCUAAGACCAACUCUUGCCUCUUAAAAACAAAAAAAAGAGAGAAAAGAAAAGAAACUCACGCUGAGUUUGGUGUUCAUGUGUAUUCGUGUACACAGUAAAGAAUCAAGGGAUGAUCUUUUCAUUUGUUUUCUGCCAUUAAUGUGGUCAUAGGUUUAAUAUUCCUCCAGAAACAGUUUCUUCUAUAGAAUUAAUCUUUAGCAACAAUAUUUAUAGUCAAAUUCCCUCCUUUGAAUUAUAUUUCAGGAACACCCUUUUAGUUUUUGUUCCAAAUUAGCCUUACACAACAUUUCCAAGCCUCUUUAAAAUAUACCAUUGAAAGAAUGCUUCAGAUGAAAUACUAAAUCUACUCCUCUGUACGGACUAAACACUAAUUUAAAUGUGAAAGAGUGCUUGAGUUUCUCAAUGGAAAGCAAGCUUAUACAAUGAAUAUCUAUUGAACAAUAUUUAUUUUAUUGAAUGGUAUAUCCAUAUUUUGGAUGGUCUUUCUGAAUAGCUUAUGCAUUUUUAAAAAAUCUGCAAUUGUUUGUGGAGGUGAAAUUAUUGGAGGAAAGGCAGUGCCUUGUCUCUCCCUGGAGUAAAGUAAAAUCGAAAUAAGUGAGAUCUUUUGAAAUGUGGUAUCAUUGACGCUUGUAGCUAGGAAUAGAAUUAUGGAAUGAGAGCUUCAGAUUGAGUUUUUUACCAUGAAAUGAUGUUGUGUAAUAUAACUUUGGAGCAAUUGAAAGGAGAAAAUAGUCCUGAUUUCACACAGUUUUUAACAUUUCUUUUCAGAAAAAAAAAUGUUUACAGUCUUAAGGAAAAUAUUCAGGUCUAUCAUAUGGUUUGACAAAUUUUUAAAAAGUUAUUUUUGGUAAGGUCAUCUUUAGAAAAAAAAAAAUCAACCUCAAGGGGUUUUUGUACCACUAUAAUCUCUAAUACUUAAAUCAGAAUUACUGUGUAUUUACUUAAUUUCUUAUUACGUGCCUUAUUAUGUGCUUAUGAUACAAUAGCUUAGAGUUUUAUCUAAAGUAUCUUGAAAACUGUAUUGUGGGCUUGGUGAGAGAUUUUUUUCUUGAUCGAUUAGUUUUUAAGUGUGUUCAUUGUGAUUUUAAAAAUGUUUUUUCAAUAAGUAAUAGUCUGAAUUCAAAUUUUUGGUGCUUUGGUGUAGAGAUGGGGAGGUGGGAAGAAGGAUAACUCAGUGCACAUCCUGUAGGCCUCUUCAAAUUUACCUGGUUACAGUUGGCUGACACCAAUAUUUGGCUGUAAAAAAUGAAUUCCAGUUUCUGGAUCUUAUCUAAUGUUUCAUAAUAUUUUGUCUCAGGAUUCCUUUUUUUCCCCUCAGUACUGAGUUUACAGUACUAAAAGGUUGACUUGCUUUCCUUCAUAAAUAUCAUAAAUUCAAUACUGAAUGUCCACUUCUGUUUGGAGAGCAAGUUGAGAUGCAAUUCUUACUAUUUUUGUUGAAUGUAGGUAUAAAUUUUAAAGUUAUUUCUAUGAUUGUAUUAAACAAUGUUAAUUUUUUUAUAAAAAGAAAAUCCUUUUUAGAAGUUAUGUCCGCAGAAAUUUGAUCGCGUUUUUAAAGAACUAUUCCUCUCAAACAUAAAUGGUUGUUUAUUUCUGCUUUUGUAACUGCUAUGAAAGUAGAAGAGAUGUAAAGUUUUUCUGCUGUAA